CAACACUGGCCAUAUUUUCAAAUUUCUAUUGAGAACAGUUUUUGGUGCAAAUCGAACAAACCUAAACCAAUUGGUGUGAAUUUAAAAUUUUUGCGCAAAUAUAAAAUUGUGUAGUACACCGCAUUUAUAUUUUUGAAGAAAUUUUGAUGUAAAUAUGUCGCAAAAGGAAUUUCUAGAGGAUUUUAAAGCAUGGGCAGUGAAAUUAGGGUGUGAUAAUGAAUCGAUGCCAAGCGAAGAUGCAUUAAAAACAAUUUUUAAAUCGCAUCAAAGUGAACUUUUUAAAAAUCUUAUGAGAAGAGUGUUACCGCGUGGGGAUGUAAUAUCUAUUCGUGAAAAUAUAUUAAUAAACAAAAUUGAAAAGGUGAAGGACCUGGAGGUAGUUACGCAGACAUGUGGAAAAAGUUUUUUACCCAGAGAAAUGCAAAAGUAUCAUAAUAUGUAUGAUUUAAAUAUUAAAAAAAGCAAAAUUCUAAAACGUUUGGAGGAACACAGAAAAGAAUAUGAAACUUUAGCUACUUCGAUCAAAGCAAAAAACAUAAAAAGUGUUAAUUUCAAGCAUAAAGAGCGCUUACUGAAGGCUAAAAAUGCGAUACUUGAAUUUAAAAGUGAAUCCUUGGACAAACAGCUGACUGAAGAAAAUGAAAAUAAAAAGAAUAUUCUAGCCACUAUGCCAGUUAAACUAUCAACUCACACUACUAACAAUGACAAUGUCGCAAUGGAAGCAGUACAAAAUACUCUUAAUAUAUUGGAAAAUUUUUACAAUAAUACUGAAAUCGGUAACAUUAGUGCUGAGAGCAAGGAAGAAUUAUGGAAAGAAAUUCGUACCAACUUUUCUGAUAUACCAAACUUCUCCAUUUUUAAUGUUGUUAUGCGCCUUAAAGAUGAGCAACUACAAAACAUUAUAUCUCUGAAUGGACAGACAUUAAACAAAACUCUUGGGUUUUCAUAUAAACCAUCUUUGAGUAAAGAGCCUUUUUCGUCCUAUGAAAUGAAAAUUGCAAAAACAAAAGCAAGUUUUUUAGGUCUGGUAGCAAAAUACAUAAAAGUAAGGAUUGAACGCGAUCAUCUUGAGGAAGUGUUUUCCAAAGCUUAUAUAGAAUUUGUGGACGAAUUGCAAAAGAAGUUGAAUUUGUAUAACUCCGAAAAUGAUGAGAAUGUGGAAGAAAUAAUAUCAAAUUACCUCGUGCAAUUAAACUCUAUUAUCUUUUCAAAUAGCGAGAAUGAAUACAUUGCACAGCAAAUAGAACGUUUUAAAAUUGAUAUCGAAAAUACAAAUAAACAAAUUGAGAAUCAUGAGGUUCUUCUUGGCUUGAUAAAGCAAGUUUAUUUCGAUAUAAAUGCUUCCGUUAAUCGCUUACAAGUUGAAAUGGUGCAGUUAAAUCAAAUUAAGGAUAAAAUAGUUUAUUCCAAAAAUAUCUUGAGGCAAUUGUUAAAUGAGAUGAAACCAAAAAGUACUACUUGGUCAAUGGAUGUGCGUAACAAUUUUUUACAACCACAAAUUAAAGUAAACGACAUCACAUUAAGUGCCGAUAGUUUUGAAAUGGGAACUGAAAAUGUACUCUGCAGUACAAAACUUGAUCUUGACAUAACAAUGAGUUCUCUUAACAGCAGUGCUCUGCUACGCAGUUUUUGUUCUAUGGAUGCUACUGUUAUGAGUGGUGGUGCACAUAAUAAUUUACCUACAUAUUUAUUGGAAUUAAAUACUUUUGCUGAAAGUCCGAUUGAAAAUUUUAGUUGCAUAUCCAAUCCAUGCGCAUUUUACUUGUCACCAAAUCCAAUAAUCAUAGAAUCUCAAGAACUAUCCCCAGCAUUGCAAAUGACGCCAGGUGCGUUAUUAACACCAUACGGUGCCUUACAGGAAAUAAUUACACGUACUAAACAGGCAGUCCUUAUUUCCAAACAUUCUACUGAUUUAAAAUAUAGUUUGGAUUUAACACAUAUUGAUACAAACUUGUUUAAAGAAAAGCAGAAACUACAAAAGGAGAUUAUUGCACAACUUUUUGAUAAAAUCAAAGAAACGGGCAUUAAUACAGAACAUAUUUUAAAUAGAUGUUCCAAACUAUAUAAUUUUCUGUUAGAAAAUCCUUUGAGACAUUAUAUUCCACAUCACAAAACAUUUAAUAAUCAAACCUAUUCGGAUUAUGAAUCUGAAUACAAUUUUUACUAUCGUUUGUCAACUGGAGAUACUUCCACAAAGUAAAUUUUAUUCCUGUUGAAGUAUAUAAUUGUAGUUAUUUAAAUAACAAAAAUACUAGUAACUGAAUAUUGUUUCUUAAAUAGUUUUUAAAGCUUUCAUGUAUUCUAUUAGCUUGAAAUAAUUAGUCGAAUGUUUUAUUAUAAACUCAGCAAUGCUUUUAGGUUUUCAACAAUGGAUUGCAAUUUAUAUUAAAACAAAU